GCCGUAAGCGCCGGCUGUUCCGGUGUGCGCCCGGAUGACGUGGCGGGAACGGCGGAAGCGGCGGCGCCUCCUUUUCUUCGGCGGCGGCUGGUGGAGACGGGGAUGGCGCCGGCCGGGCUCCUGUGGUGCGUGGCGGCCUUGCUGGUGCUGCGGGGCCGCGCCGACGAGCACGAGCACACGUACCAAGAUAAAGAAGAAGUUGUUUUAUGGAUGAAUACAGUAGGACCAUACCACAAUCGCCAGGAGACAUACAAAUACUUUUCUCUUCCUUUCUGUGGUGGAUCCAAAAAAAGCAUUGGUCACUACCAUGAAACGCUCGGAGAAGCACUGCAAGGAGUCGAAUUGGAGUUCAGUGGUCUGGACAUUAAAUUUAAAGAUGAUGUGAUGCAGACAACUUACUGUGAAAUAGACUUGGAUAAGCAAACAAGAGAUGCAUUUGUUUAUGCUAUCAAAAAUCAUUAUUGGUAUCAGAUGUACAUAGAUGACUUGCCAAUAUGGGGUAUUGUUGGUGAAGCUGAUGAAAAUGGUGAAGAUUACUAUCUCUGGACAUACAAAAAACUUGAAAUAGGCUAUAAUGGAAAUAGAAUCGUAGAUGUGAAUCUGACAAGUGAAGGAAAAGUUAAACUAGUUCCCAACACCAAAAUCCAAAUGUCUUACUCUGUGAAAUGGAAAAGGUCAGAUGUGAAGUUUGAAGACAGAUUUGACAAGUACCUCGACCCAUCUUUCUUUCAACACAGAAUUCACUGGUUUUCAAUCUUCAAUUCCUUCAUGAUGGUUAUUUUCCUGGUGGGCUUGGUUUCUAUGAUUUUAAUGAGGACACUGAGAAAAGAUUAUGCACGAUACAGUAAAGAAGAAGAAAUGGAUGAUAUGGACAGAGAUCUAGGUGAUGAGUAUGGCUGGAAACAGGUUCAUGGCGAUGUCUUCAGACCAUCCAGUCAUCCUUUAAUAUUUUCAUCUUUGAUUGGUUCCGGCUGCCAGAUCUUUGCAGUUUCUUUCAUAGUGAUCAUUGUUGCAAUGCUGGAGGAUUUAUACACAGAGAGAGGAUCAAUGCUAAGUACCGCUAUUUUUGUUUAUGCUGCAACAUCCCCAGUGAAUGGCUACUUUGGAGGAAGCCUUUAUGCCAGGCAAGGAGGAAGGCGGUGGAUAAAGCAGAUGUUCAUUGGGGCGUUCCUUAUUCCUGCAAUGGUGUGUGGCACAGCCUUCUUCAUUAAUUUCAUUGCCAUCUAUUAUCAUGCAUCAAGGGCUAUUCCCUUUGGAACAAUGGUGGCUGUGUGCUGCAUCUGCUUCUUUGUUAUCCUUCCUUUGAACCUUGUUGGCACAAUACUGGGACGGAACCUUUCGGGUCAGCCCAACUUUCCUUGCCGAGUCAAUGCUGUUCCUCGUCCAAUCCCAGAGAAAAAAUGGUUUAUGGAACCAGCUGUUAUUGUUUGCCUAGGUGGGAUUCUCCCGUUUGGAUCCAUUUUCAUUGAAAUGUAUUUUAUAUUCACUUCCUUCUGGGCUUACAAAAUCUAUUAUGUCUAUGGCUUCAUGAUGUUAGUUCUGGUUAUUCUCUGCAUUGUGACCGUAUGUGUGACAAUCGUGUGUACAUACUUUCUACUGAAUGCAGAGGACUAUAGGUGGCAAUGGACAAGUUUUCUGUCUGCUGCUUCAACUGCAAUCUAUGUUUACAUGUAUUCCUUUUAUUACUACUUUUUCAAGACGAAGAUGUAUGGCUUGUUUCAGACAUCAUUUUACUUUGGUUAUAUGGCAGUAUUUAGCACAGCACUGGGAAUAAUGUGCGGAGCUAUUGGCUAUAUGGGAACAAGUGCCUUUGUUCGAAAAAUCUACACUAAUGUGAAAAUUGACUAAGGAAAGUGAACUCUGGAACAGUUAACCCUUGGGGUGGGAUGGGGUGGGGGACAGAGUAUAUAAACUUGCACACCAAACAGCGCAAGGAGAAAAUUGUGUAUUUAACACUGGGCACUCUGUGGGUCUCUCUUUUGUGGAUCAUUUAAAGCAACAUCUGUUUUCAUUGAUCCUAGGUUCUUACUGACUUUCUUCAACUGUUCUCAGCAAAAGCUUGGAUUGUAUUUGGUAGGCAUCACUCCCCAGUACAUGCUAAUCUUCCCAAAAACUAGCUCACAAAGAUGAAAUAGACUAGCUCUCUUCAGUGAAGAGGACAAAACUGUAUUUACACAUUUGUUCCAUUUAAUUAAAAAAGGAAAAUGAAACUUGUGGAUCCUAAAACUUUGCUGAUUAGUUUCUGGUACUUUAAAAUACUAUUCUGGAAAUAUUUCCUACAUCCAGUUGUUAGUGCUAUUCUACAGGGUAAGGGGACACUGGAUGCUACCAGGAUAAUUUGCAGUAUCACCUAUUCUAACAUUUACAUGCAUUUGUUUUAAAAAGGCAAAUAUUUGCAUGCAGUAUCAGUCUAAUAGGACCAACUUUCCAUUGGUUCGUCAUUAAAGGAAUAUCCAGCUAUAUCUGAGAUCCAUCCAAAGAAUCUUUAAGUACAAAGGUGGAAUUCUCUGCACUGCAAUUUUUGUACAGUUAGCAAGAAAAAAUGGUAAAUAAAGAUGAUGCCAUCGGUUUUUAUUCAACACUUGGUGGUCUAGGUAACAAAAAUAAUUGAAUGUCUACAAUGAUUUUUUCCCUUUUUUCCUAACUCAGCCGCCCAUCCCCGGUUUGGCGUGUUUACUUGAUGAUUAAAAGGGGUAACAAGUGUAUAAAACAUUAAAUGAUGUAACUUAGAUGUAGCUCCCAAAUGUAUUUGGAUGUACAGAUUUACUAAAGAAUACUUUUUCUGAUGAUUCAGUGUACAAACGUGUGAAUUUAGGUGGCUUUUUACAUCCUGCCUGCUGUUGCAUGAAAUUUUGGGGGGUUUCCUCGCAAUGUGUGUGUGUGUGUGUGUCAUGUUUUCUGUUGACUGAAGCUCUUUCAAAAGCAAAAACUUGUAAUUUAUAAGUUUAAUUUUGUUUAGUUAUCUCUGGACACUUGUGUAACACCUAAAGCAGUGCUGCUUUAAGUGUUCAGAAAAUUUAAAAUAAACUUUUCAGACAAAUGUUCUGAUUGUAAAAAAUAGAUAAAUUUCGCAGUUGGUAAUUUUUUUCAAGCAGUACUGCAGAAUACCAAUUCUUGAAUAAAGUGCUACAUAUUCUCCAUAUAUCAAACGCCAGAGGAUAGGUCACAUUCCAAUUCCAGUGUGCUUUGUUAAUUUAGAAAGAAGCUUUCUGGCUCAUGAGAAUAGGCACCUUUAAAGUGUACAGUCUAUGAUGGUGGAAUAGAGAGUGGACAAAUGACAAUUAUUUCUGGAGGUUUGUUGCAGCAAGGCCUUCAGGGUUCCUUGUUUUCAAAGAUGACUGGAGAUUAAUUUUAACAUGUAUUGCCAAGGCAAGGCAGAUUCCAAAUAAUGCAGGUGUUCCCAAAAGACAAAUUGCUGUGAGGGGAGUUGGUUAGCCCUAAACUGUGUGUAUGGUGUAUGUAUGUAUAAAGCAAAAAGUUUUCCCGAGGUAAGUUCACUUGGAUACUUAUUUUCACCUUGGAAAAUUGUGGAAGAGGAGAAAUAAAUACAAUUUACUGUAAGUGAAUUGUAGCUGGCUAUCUGAAAAUGUUUUAUAUGUGUAGUUAAAUUCCAUGGUGGGUCUGCAGUUCUUUUCAUAUCUAAAUGGCAGACAGAUAUUAAAUGAUUUUGGCCCUCUUA